AAUCAAUGCAUGGCACAACCACAGGAAAGGAAAUCUUUGAGGAGGUUUCCAAAUGUGUAACUGAAAUAAAGCUGCCAUGGGAUAAACUCGUUGGAUUAACGACAGAUGGUGCGCCAGCGAUGUGCGGUAAAAAGAGUGGACUGGUGGGCAUGGUUCGGGAGAAGAUAAGGGAAGAGAACUGUGCAGAUGAGCUAACUGUUUACCACUGCAUCAUACAUCAGGAAGCACUGUGUGCCAAAGCCCUAAAGAUGGAACAUGUUAUGACCACAGUAACACAGAUAGUUAACUUUAUAAGAGCCAAAGGUCUAAAUCACCGCCAGUUUAAAUCUUUUCUGGAGGAGUGUGGUUCGGAAUACGCAGACGUGCCGUAUCACACAGAGGUGAGAUGGCUAAGCAGAGGAAAAGUACUGAACAGAUUUUUUGAGCUGCGUGAGGAAAUAUGUCAAUUCCUGGAAACCAAAGGGAAGGAUACAGCAGAGCUCCGGGAGCAAAAGUUCCUGUGUGAGCUGGCCUUUCUCUGUGACAUCUCGAGCCAUCUCGAUGCGCUGAACCUGCAGCUUCAGGGGCGGGGGCGCAUCAUCACAGACAUGUACGCUGCAGUGAGGGCCUUCAAAACUAAACUGUGCCUGUGGGAGAAUCACAUGCUGCAAGGAAACCCUUGCCAUUUUCCCUGCUGCCAUUCCAUAAAAGCGCAGAUCUCUACCGCCGUGUUCCCAUGCACACAGUUCGCUGAAAAUCUCAGUGUUCUCGCCGCUGAGUUUAGCCGGCGAUUUGCCGACUUCGAUGCCCAGAAAUGCAAGUUUGAACUGCUUAGUAAUCCCUUCGCAGUUGAUGUGGAAAAUGCACCAACCAACAUCCAAAUGGAGCUGAUUGAACUCCAGUGCAACGACACGCUGAAGUCAAAGUAUGAUGUUGUGGGCGCCGCACAGUUUCCACGGUUCAUCCCUGACACAAUGCCUCAGCUCCGCACCCAAGCUGCUCAGAUGCUCUCCAUGUUCGGCAGCACUUAUCUAUGCGAGCAACUUUUCUCCUCGAUGAAGAUGACCAAAACAACUCACAGGAGACGUCUGACUGAUGAACAUCUUCGCUCGAUACUGAGGAUUUCUUCAGCUCAGAGCUUGAGCCCAGACAUUGAUAAACUAGCAUCCAAGAAGAGAUGCCAGGUAUCUGGCUUGGGCACAUCAGAUUAG